AUGAGGGAUGUUAUCCAGCUUGAUGAACUUUCUGAGGGCUUGCUGGCUGCCAUCCUCGGCCAAUAUCGUACACAGCGGUUCGGAUUCAGCAGGUCGUCGUGAAGGCUUACUAUGGUACAAGGAUAUUGGACAGCACAUGAAUGGUGAAUUUUCAAUGGCUGUUGUCCAGGCUAAUAACUUGCUUGAGGAUCAAAGCCAGAUCGAAUCGGGUUCAUUGAGCUUGGUCGAAUCCGGGCCAUAUGGAACCUUUAUUGGUGUUUAUGAUGGUCAUGGUGGACCGGAAGCAUCAAAUUACAUAUAUGAUAAUCUUUUCCAGCAUGUUUCUAGAUCUAUCGGUGAUGCAUAUUUAAAGAGGGCGGAAUUCAACAGGGAACCCUUGUAUGCUAAGUUUAGGCUUCGUGAACCAUUUACUCGACCGAUAUUGAGCUGUGAACCAUCAAUUUCGGUGCAUGAACUUCAACCACAUGAUCAAUUCAUCAUAUUUGCCUCUGAUGGCAUGUGGGAGCACAUUAGCAAUCAGCAAGCUGUAGAUAUUAUUCGAAAUCACCCCCAUAAUGGAAGUGCUAAGAGGUUGGUAAAAGCUGCUAUGCUGGAAGCAGCUAAGAAACGAGAAAUGCGGUAUUCAGAUUUGAUGGAAAUUGAUCGUGGUGUACGCCGCCAUUUUCACGACGACAUCACUGUCAUAGUUGUAUUUCUCGACUCUAAUCUUGUAAGCAGAGCGAGCUGGGUCCGAGGUCCAACCAUGUCUUUGAGAGGGCGCGGCGUUAUCAUACCUACAAAAUCUCUAACUCCUUGUGCCACACCUACAGAGCUUCACACAAUCUGAUGAAGCGGUCUGACUCUCGUUCUAGCUGUUAUGUACGUACCACCGCCUCGUGCUCGGUCUUCAGAAUGGCCAUGGCCCCAUCAGCAAUGAAUAUCAAGUAUAAGUUAACCCAAGAAAGAAGGUUUGCAUACUUUUACAUUUAACAUGGCAUGUACUCUUUGUAGUUCCUAACAAUUUGAGCAGAAGUAAAGGAAGAACUGGAAAAGCUUCUAUUCCUG